AUGGCUAAAUACACUCUGAGGCACCAAAAGAAGACGGAGAAAGGCCAGUCGGCACUUUCCCCCCUGGGCAGGGAUGGGAGGAGGUCCGGGAAGCAGAGGCGCAAAGAAAGAAAACAGAAAACUCAGGACGCCCAGCCUAAGACCUGCUCGGGCUCAGGCAGGAAUUCAGGCACUAAACUGGCCCUGUUCGCGGGGGUUAAAAGAAUCCAGAUGCAGUCCUCGCCACAGUCUGGCGGGUGCGGGGCGCAGACCCCACCGCGGACCCCAGCUGGGCCCGAGCAAGCCGGGAAAAGUGCGCGGGAAGCUGGGGGCUCGCGGCGGGCGGCCCGGGCCGGGGCCGAGCCUGCACGCCCGGGGGCGGCUCCCCGCAGCUCCGCGGCCGCCGGCCCGGGGACCCAAAGCGGCGACGCCCGCGGGCCGGGAGGGCGGGGGCCCUCGCUACCUGCCGGCCGGGGGCGGCCCGACAGGGCGGAAGCCCGCGGCCCCAGCUUUGUUCGGCGGCGGGGACCCCUUCCCCUGCGCGUUCCCCCUCCCCGCCAGUCCCCCGCCCUGCAGACCCGCCCCGGGCCGAGCUCACAGUCCCCGGGACCGGGGAGUCGGGUGGGGAUGGGGCCAACCCAGGACCGCGCCUCCUCGCUCCGGACCCCGGCGCCCGGAACGGCCCGCGGGCACGGGGAAGCUGGGCGGCGGGACGCGGGCUCCUCUUCCCCGGCCGCCGCAGGGCUUACCUGCGCGUCCGCGGCUUGUCAGGCCCGCGGGCUCCGGCUCGCUCUUCGCCCGGCCCGGCCCUUCGAGUGCCCGCGGGGCCGGGGUGACCGGUACACCGACUCUUCACGCUGCGCUCGGGUCCCACCGAGCGUCCGCCCGGCUCCGGGCUUCGGCCAGUCGCUCCCGCCGAGCCCGCGCUCCCUGCCCGAGGCUCCCGCGCAGCGCCCGGACCGAGCCUGCAGGGCGGAGGCGGGGCGCGGGCGGCGGCCGAGCAGAGGAGGCUGGGCCCUGGCGCUGGGCUCGGGUCGCCGGCUGCGCGCUCCUCUCCGCCGCGGCCGGGAACUUGGGCCCGAGUUGGCUGCGGCGGCGGCGGCCGCGGCUCCGAGUGCAGGGCCGGCGCCGGCCAGCGGGUCCCGGGCCCCGCGCUCCGCCCCGCGCCUCCUCCCCGCCCCCGCCGCGCCACGACAACCCGCCCCCGGGGCUCCUCCCGGGCGGGACCCGGCCUCGCACCUGCCUCCGCCGCCCGCGCGCCCGCUUCUCCUCCGACCCAAUUCCCCAGGGCGCGUGGGGAGCCCGCAGCCUCAGAGCCCCCGCACGCUUACUACCCCUUCGCCGGAACUCGACCCGGUCCUCCGGGAGCACCUGGGGACUCACCGGCCAGCGGCGGCCUGGGACGCCCAGCGCUCCUGCACGGAGCCCCCAGCUCAGCGGCUGCGGGGCCGGACGCUCUGGGAGCGGACUCACAUAGUAGCUUUUCUACUUACAUCAGACACUCGCACGCGCUUUAUCCUCCUGUGA